CUACAUCCAUCACAUUGUCUGCCGGACUACAGCUCGCUCAGUAGAGUUCUCUGUGGUACAGGAAUGACUCCAGUUCACCACGAUCAAUCCACUCACCCACAGAACUGACCAACUUACACACCAGCGUUACAGAUGACCAGCGAAUCCGAGUCAUCUCUCCCCACACAUCAUUCAUUGCAAACGUUCCGCUCCUCACCACCCACCCUUCCAAGUAUAACUAUCCAGAAAAUGGACAGCAAAUCGCGAUUCAAGUCUGAACCGCCCGCGACGCAGGAUGAAGGAGCGACACAUCCACUAUUGAGUCGAGUGAGUACGGGGGAGACAGAACGCCCACCUUCAGCACAGCCGAUUCAAGGCGAUGCAGAUGGGUCGCCUGACACAAGCGAAGAUGACGAGAUGGGAGAGGACAAUGAUCCCGCUGAGAAAAUUGUUGAUUUCGACUGGGAGGAGUUGCACGCACGAUACCAUGAAGCGAUUAACAAGUGCCAUGAGGGCGAUGCGGCGCUAAUGCAGGAGUGGGAGAGCCUUAUGAGUUAUUUCCGCAUCUGGGCCGAAGCUGGUCAUGAACAUGAGACGAGCCGCACGUACUCACGCCUUCAAACACGCUCAGCCUAUGUUCAGAACUCGGAGGAGAAGUUGGAGAAGACUCGUAAACAUUAUACCAAUGUAGUGAGGGCCUUCGAGAGUGCGCUCAACCUUCUAAAGGCCUCUGGAUUCAAUGGUUGAUACUCAUCGACCUAGGUGCCAUAUAUCUUGCUUAUCAUCCAGCUCCGCCGAGACCUCAUG